CCCUGGAGCGCCCGGGCGAGAGAAGCCACAAACUCCUCUGCUUCCUGGCAGUCGUCCGGGGCUGCGGCGGCUGCUUGCCUGCGGAAGGCAUCUCCUCAUCAGAUUUGCUUUGUCAUUCUGGCUGCUUCCGUCACCACGUGGGUAAAACGGGCACCCUACAAACAUGGCAGACGAAGAUCUUAUUUUCCGCCUGGAAGGCAUUGACAAUAACAGGUCACUUCACUCCCAUCAUGAUGGCUUUUCUGAUGAUGACAGUGAUGGGGAGGAUGGCUACUACAUCUGCCCCAUCACAGACGACCCUCACUCUAACAAGAUGGCUAAUUCCAAGGUCUCUGACUACUACAGCAACUUAACCAAGAAUGAACAAUAUGGAUCCAGUUGCUCUCCUGGAAGUUCCUUCCAUUUCAAAGAAACUUGGAAACAUGCCAUUGAGAAAGCCAAACAUAUGCCUGAUCCCUGGGCCGAAUUUCAUCUCGAAGAUAUCGAAACUGAGUGUGCUAACCGUCACAGGUAUAAUGCAGUCACUGGGGAAUGGGUUGAAGAUGAAGUUUUAAUCAAAAUGGCAUCACAGCCCUUUGGACGCGGAGCAAUGCGGGAGUGUUUCAGAACGAAAAAGCUGUCUAAUUUCCUGCACACUCAACACUGGAAAGGUGCUUCUAACUACGUGGCAAAGAGGUACAUUGAGCCCGUGAACAGAGACGUAUACUUUGAGGAUGUUCGCCUGCAAAUGGAGGCCAAACUCUGGGGCGAGGAAUAUAACCGGCACAAACCCCCCAAGCAGGUGGAUAUUAUGCAGAUGUGCAUCAUUGAGUUGAAGGAUCGAGCAGACAAGCCCCUUUUUCACCUGGAACACUAUAUUGAGGGCAAAUAUAUCAAAUAUAAUUCCAAUUCGGGAUUUGUCCGAGAUGACAACAUUCGCCUAACCCCACAGGCUUUCAGCCACUUCACCUUUGAACGUUCUGGCCAUCAGCUGAUUGUGGUGGACAUUCAGGGAGUGGGGGAUCUCUACACUGACCCACAGAUUCAUACAGAGACGGGCUCAGACUUUGGAGAUGGCAAUCUAGGUGUACGGGGUAUGGCCUUGUUCUUCCACUCUCACGCCUGCAAUCGGAUUUGCAAGAGCAUGGGUCUUACUCCCUUUGACCUCUCACCAAAGGAAAAGGAUGCUGUUAAUCAGAAUACCAAGUUGUUGCAAUCAGCCCAGACCCUUGUGCGGGGCACAGAGGAAAAGUGUGGCAGUCCAAGGGUGAGGACCUUCUCAGGGAGCCGUCCACCAUUGCUUUCCCGCCUUUCAGAGAACUCUGGAGAUGAAAAUAUGAGUGACAUGACAUUUGAUUCCCUCCCUUCCUCUCCUUCAUUUACACCACACAGCCAGAGAAUAGACCAUCUCCACUGGCCACAAUUCAGUGAGGUUGAUAACCUGGGACACAAAGAUCAUGAACAUCUGGAUAACCGUCGAGAUUCUGAGAAUGGUGGGGACAGUGGAUAUCCAAGUGAAAAGAGGAAUGAACUGGAAGACAUAGAUGCUCGAGACAGGGCCCAUUCAAAUGGCAACCGGAAACAGUAUGAAUCUGAUGAAGAUAGUCUGGGCAGUUAUGGAAGGGUCAGUGUGGAGAAAUGGAAUCUCUAUAACUCUGCCAGGCUUCACCUCCAGCGGCCAUCCUGUGUUGCUGUGGAAAUGCAGAGACUUAAUGAUCUGGACCUUGAAAGGAAAAUCGGGAAGUCCAUUUUGGGGAAGGUUCACCUGGCCAUGGUGCGUUACCAUGAAGGGGGACGCUUUUGUGAGAAGGAUCAGCCCUGGGAUCAAGAGUCGGCUGUCUUCCAUCUGGAGCAUGCAGCAGAUCUGGGGGAGCUGGAGGCCAUUGUGGGGCUCGGGCUCAUGUACUCCCAACUCCCCCACCACAUCCUGGCUGAUGUCUCCUUACAGGAGUCGGAGGAAAAUAGAACAAAAGGAUUUGAUUACUUACUGAAGGCUGCAGAAGCAGGUGACCGUCAUUCUAUGAUUCUUGUGGCAAGAGCCUAUGACACAGGUCUGAACCUCAGCUCUGACAGAGCACGAGACUGGCAGGAGGCCCUACACUGGUAUGACACUGCAUUAAACACGACAGAUUAUGAUGAAGGAGGUGAAUAUGAUGGAAUACAAGAUGAUCCGAGGCACACACUCCUGGCAAGAGAGGCUGAAAUGCUAUUUACAGGUGGCUUCCAGCUAGAGAAAGAUCCAAAAAGAUCAGGAGAUCUAUACACUGCUGCAGCAGAGGCUGCUAUGGAAGCCAUGAAGGGCCGGCUUGCCAAUAAGUAUUAUGAAAAGGCUGAAGAAGCAUGGGCAUUGAUGGAGGAAUAGCCUGCUGAAGCUGUCACUACUGUCCAUGUACAUAUUUGGGGCGAAAAAAAUUAUUUUUUUUUUUAAAGCUGGAAAAGAGAAAAAGACUUUCUUCAUUUGUCCGUAAAAAUGCAUUAUUUAAUGUGUAGUGAAACUGACUUUUGUAUUUCACAUUUUGACUUUAGAAUUUUCCUUUGCCACAAGCAAAGAAACAUACAUGCCUGUGAAGGCAGUAUAUUUGUUGGGGUGAGGGAGGGAAGAGCUAAACCGAAGUAGCGUCAUGAACUUAGGCCUACUUUUUGAGAUUAUAUCAUCAAUUUUUUAAAAAUAUUUUUUUAUUGUUAGAAUUGAAUGAGUUGCUUCCUUUUUGUUUUCUGUGAACAAUGUGAAUAUUUUGAUCAACAAAACAACGUUGGCCAAAUGGAGGAAUCCUUAGCUUUUAUGGCUCCAAAGACUCUUUCAUUUCUUAGGGAUAGGAAGAAUCUUCAGGUUUGCCUUUUGUGGAAUGCAAACUGAUAGGGGAAACUGUUAAAUUUGGGAAUGGUUUGGAAUAAAGUUAGAAAGACUCCUCUGAAAUUAUUCCUCCAGUUUUCCAUGAAUGACCAUGGUCCCAUUGUCUCAAGAACCCUUCCUUUCUGAGGAGUGAGAAAGAUAUCUUCAGGUUGCCUUUUAUGGCUAGCAAACUGAUUAAGAAAACUAUAUAUUUGGAAAUAUUUGAAAUAAAGUUAGAAAGCCUCCUCAUAUGGAAUUAUUCCUCCAGAUUUCCAUGGGUGCCCAAGUUAGGAGGGAAUCUAGCUCACCUAAGCUCUUUCUCCCAAGGAGAGCAUUCUGCUGACUUCUCUCCAUUCAGCUCAGAUGCCUUUAUUUUUAGUGGUUUGACUAUUACUAUUACACAGCAAAAAAAAUAUAUAUAUAUACUAUUUUGAAUUAUAUUUCCUUCAACAAGCUUUUAAAUAAGAGGUUUGAUAACAUUGUAUGCAAACAACAUAUUUCUACCUCCAAGUCUUAAAUUAUCCAGUGGGGAAUAAGAUAGUUAUAAAGCAGGUGUUUGAGAAAGUUAUAUUGUUGCAUGUUUGAGCUUUUUUUUUUUUUUCAUCCUAGUGGAAAUGUAUUUAGAAUCUUAAUGUAAAAACCAACAUACCACAACACUGAAGACAAACUUUGUAUGGUAUACCAUUCUUGCCUUCAACAUCCAUCAGAUUUUCUUCAUUGUUACUUUUUGUUUGAAUCUCCAUUGAUCAGAAUGUAAUUUUCAGCUCUCUAGUUCCAAUGAUAAUCCAUUGAGAACUGUAUUGCAAGUAAGGGAACAACUCUUUCAUUCAUACUCAGCUAAUUCAGUUUGUUCACACAUGGCCAGACUGAAAUUUAUCUUUGCUUAUCCAGUCUUCUCUUCAGAGACUGCAAAUUAAUAAUAUAAAUAAAAUUUUAGGGCAAAUGUUUUAAAAACAUGGAUAAGAACUUAUCAUUUAGCUUGAAGCACUUUAGUAGCAUCCAUCUCCAUGAAAAUAAGUGAUAAUGCUAAUCACAAAGCAUUUUUUAAUCUGUUCAUUGAAGAAUGUCCUCCAAGGAAUACUACUGGAAAGCACUUUUGUUGGUCUGGUUUGAGUUACUGUAUGUUCUUGAAAGUAAUAAAAAUUCAUUUCUUUAAAAAAAAA